GUGCAUUCUGGUUUUGUUGUAAAAUGAAACAGAACUCAUGAUAUUGUAGUUUAAUACUAAGUCUUUACGAUGUUGUUGUCUUGGACGUUGGAGCGGAGUCAUCAAGACUUGCUUCGACCUUGUUAGGUCUCACAGACCUCAGAGUGACUGGCCAAAUCUAGCGCAGUGAAGUCUAUUGAGCAACAAUAUCAAUUUGAAACCGGCUCAAAGCAUCAACGUCAGUGACAGUGUCAGUGUGCUCUCUAGCUGCGAGAAAUACAGCAAUACUUUUUCGUUAGGUCUCAUCUGCGGAGCUCAGAGAGACUAGUAGUAGCCACGCCGAUUGCUACUGUGCGUGCCACUAUGUGGAAAGUGCUAACAACUGACUGGGGCAUCCGCACACGGCUUUUGUCUGCUGUCGACUAGUCAGUCUAGUGACUAGUGUCAAAGAUUUAUGUGCGGGUAGGGCGCACGUAUCUGUACUCAGCGAGUACUGACAGUCUGUCGUAAUCCUGGCGAACGCUUUGCCCUUGGGCAUUAUGUAGUAUUACCAAUGAAAGAUAUUGCCGCAACAAUGAAUCCAGAAGAGUGGAGCGUUUUCCUGCGCAACACAGCAUGGCGCCGCUGGUACUGGUGAUGCAGGCUGUUAUGACUGGAGUCGAGAAGACUGGGUACAACAACAUCCGACUGUGCUGAGGUGGUGACCUGUGGGAGAUGUCACUGCGCAAUGAAGUAACAUCCGACUGUGCUGAGGUGGCGACCUGUGGGAGAAGUCACUGCGCAAUGAAUGUAUGCAUUAGCCGACAACGUCCAUCCGCCGGAUCUUGCUCUCGCUUCUUUCGCGACAUGGCUGGUUGCAGCGGGAGAAAACGCAGCGGCACACUCCUCUCCUGCUGUCUUCUACUUUUAUUUACAACGGUCUGCAAGAGCGACCGGUCCAUGUGCAAUUUAAAGCGCCAUCUUCGAAUGUUGCCUGCUGAUUCAGCCAGUAGCCAGUCCAAGGCUACAUUAGAUGUGUAUCCUGAUGUGCCACUGGUCGAAGACACUAUAUCCAGCGAUGCUCACUAUGCACAGACGCUAGUGUUGGAUGGGGUUGGCGUAUCGCCGGCUGUUGCUGCCUCCCUUUCUGCUUUGCAUUUGCCCGGUGUUGGAAACUGCACUGUAGCAUUGAGUGUGUGGGUGAGACGUACUAUCGGUGGCCUACUGAAGCCGAUAGCCAUUUCGAACAAACUCAGUUUGAGCGACUUUUCUCGGCAUGCUGACCUGUCGAAUCUUCGAUACAGACGUCAAUCUUCCAUACGAAAAGGAGAAAAAUCCAUGUUGGCAGAGAUCAUAAGUGACAUCACACAAGACAGUGUGUUGUUCGGUCUAACUGUUUUCCCAAACACCGGGUGUGAAUUGUUCAGUGCCGGCAGUGAUGACGUAGCCAAUGCACAUCACGGAUUUCAAUAUAAUCAUGCCCGUCCCCGUAGCAGCUCUCUUCGCCGAGUUCUUCACGACUUGAAUAUACUUGACGGCAGCAAAAGCACACCUCUGCAUCUUGUACCGCGCCUUCAGCUGAUAUUCACAGUUACAUCACUACAGAAACAUCAGGCGUCAAAGCCAAAGGUGAUGUGUUUGACUGGUGCUCUGUGUUGCAUCUCUGAUGCACACCACAUGCACUGUGAAGAUCCUAGCAGACGGAGGCAGCAGAAACAGAAGGAGGAACGGCACUCGACGCCAGCAAAUGAUGCUGAUGGUGCAGAGUCCGAAGAAGAGACAUCUGGCACUACGCCAAGCUCAGACAAAGUGUCAGCCCAAACGGAAGAUGGCCAGGAACCGGCAGACAACACGACGCACCAUAGCAGAAACGAAGGCCUGGAGCAUACUAGGAAAGAUGGACCAACCCUGGACAGAAUUCCCCCCACGCCAACCUUGCCAGACGAGGAGUAUCCAGGCUCUCCGGAUAGCGGUAGCACUGGCGUUCCAGUGCAGGUUACAACUCUUGACGAUGGUAUUGCACACACCGCGCAAACUGAACCUAAACCGCUGGAACGUACAUCUUCCCUGGAGAUCCGCAUACUAACGGCACGUCAGCCAGAGCCAGGCCAGGACAAGAGUUCUUCCCUAACGUUUAUUCUCAUCGCCAUCUCUUUGUUCCUGGGAAUUGUCUUGGGCAUCUGUAUCACGCUAACUAUCCUCUACCGAAGAGAGAUCGGUAAACGGCAACAAGAAACCAAGAAGGAGGAGAAACAUGACCAAAGCGAGAAAAGGGAAGAAGGACCGCAGCAUAUUGACAUGUUGAAGAUGCUUGCUGGACAAAGUGAGUUCAAGAUGAGCCCAAAGGUGAAUUACUCGGCGGCUGCUCUGGCCUGCGCCGACACGCCAGUACACAAGAGUCGUCCAUCUACUACGACCACGUGUGCUGCACCAUCCAUACGAGUUUCGAGCAUCCUCUGUGCUGAUUCUGAGGACUCGCGUGGAAUGCCCCGGCAGCAAAGCGCCCUCAGCACACUACCACCAUAUCGCCAUGCAUCUGCCGAUGAGGGCGACGGAACGGCUGCAUGUACUGUUGAGCCGUACAUGUACGAUGUGCCUCUGGAUAUGCUCGGCAUGUGUGGACCCAACAGUCUGCUCGAUACCUACUCUACAAUGGCAACUGAACGCGAGGCUGAUGGUGGUGAUGAUGAUGACGAUGAGCAAGACCUUGACGAUCAGGUCAGUGGCACUGAUGUUAUCAGUCAGAUACAUGUGUCUGGUUUAUAUGAGCAAGAGGCAGCUUAUCCAUUGAGAGAGGAAAAGCAGAAGUCCUCAGUUGCCGCCUGUGAAAAUUCUGAUGUCGGAAGUGACAUUGAUGAGCCAGUUGACAGUCGAGCAUCACCCUACGCUGUGCUGCCGAUGCAGCGACAGAAAGUGGUCAAUGCCUCCAGCCAUGCUAGUAACAGCAGCAGUGGCAACAAACUGGCCGUUAACGUACCGGUAUAUGCUCGGGUGGAUCUCAGCAAGAAGAAGAAUCGCUCCAGGACCUCGGAGUGGCUCUGAUAAGGUGCCCCUGUCAGACCUCCCUACGUCGAUGAGAGUAGGGAAUUCCUUUUUGCUGAUACACAUCCUCAUUAUGUAGUCCUGUAAGACUUUUGCCUCCACAAAAUGGACUAUGAAGUAAUUAUUAUGCAAGACCUUGCCUCUACAAGAUAGACUUAUUCAGUUGCUUAGCGCAAUGUGAUAAAUCUUUGCAAGUGCAUUGUACAUUUACUGAAUCAAUUGCCUUGAGCCGCUCAUCCUUCAUUCUUAUAAUUAUAAUUAUCACAAAUAGAUUGAUGCUUUGACAUACCUAAAAGGUCUAGUUGUUAGUAUCCAAUUACGUUAGACGAUGGGCCAAAGGUGUUGGUAUCUUUCACGGUUGUCUGUGCACUUCGCAGUGCUGAAUUUGGGCGUUAUGAUACGACCCGAGAUGGCGUUUGAUAACUUUUGUGAUGAGCUCUCUAAGAUAAUCAUGUCUAACAGGAGUACAUGCAAUUUAGCGCUGCAAUGUAUUGCCUGGUUUUCCUGCAUUAUCAAGCGCAUGGCACGGGUAUGCUACCACUUCCAAAGUAUAAAAAAGACUCUCAACUAUUAUUUUCUUUGAGCCAAUUGUUAUAAUAACUAUAAUUACCACAUGCACCCAUUGUAUGGUAGAUUGGGUGUGGUGCAUACUUCAUUUGAAGGUAUA